UCUACUCGAAUCUUGAUGUAUUUCUAUUUAGUAUUUUGUAGUAACUCAUGCUGUGGAGUGUUCAAGUGCUUUUGAGUAAUACUAUCUGAAGUAUAUCGUGAUAGUACAAGUAUCAAGCAUAAAUAAAAAACAUGGUGUAUUUUCUUUUGAGACCAAACUGAGGUUACAUUUUUAUCAAAAAUUAAGUCGAAGAGAACAAGAGAUUUUUGGUCUUAAUCGAGACAGGAGAUUGGCAGGACAAUUACGUAUUUCGAAGAAAAUUUAACACUUUAUUCGUUCUCUCGUCUUCAUGAAAUAUUUCCAUAAAAUGAAGAACUUGGAAGGCCAAUGACACUUAUAUCGGUUAAUAAUGAGAAUAAUGUGCUGAAUAUGAUUGAAACGAAUCCUGAUACUUCUUCCAGGAAGAUUGGGAAUGCUGUGAAUGGGCACAAAGUGCCCUUACCAAUAGACCCUGGCUGUGCAACAAUGACCCCUUCAAGCCCUGACAUGGACGAUGGUAGUAGUAAACGCCAGGCAACAAGAGUAUUCAAGAAAAGUUCUCCUAACGGAAAGAUAACAGUAUAUUUAGGAAAGAGAGACUUUGUAGAUCAUAUAUCUCAUGUGGAUCCUAUUGAUGGGGUGGUUUUGAUAGAUCCGGACUAUGUUAAAGAUAGGAAAGUGUUUGGUCAUGUUCUUGCUGCAUUUAGAUAUGGAAGAGAGGAUCUAGACGUUCUUGGUUUAACAUUCAGGAAGGAUCUAUAUUUAGCUGCCGAACAGAUAUAUCCACCCAAAAAUUCAACAACCAAAAGAGCCCCAACUAGAUUACAAGAACGACUGGUCAAAAAGUUAGGCCCCAAUGCUUACCCGUUUUAUUUCGAAUUACCUCCUCAUUGUCCUGCAUCUGUAACUCUGCAACCAGCACCAGGUGAUACUGGAAAACCAUGUGGCGUGGAUUACGAGCUGAAAGCCUUCGUUGGCGAAAACCAGGAAGAUAAACCCCAUAAAAGAAAUUCUGUUAGGUUAGCAAUACGUAAAAUAAUGUAUGCGCCGAGCAAACAAGGAGAACAGCCUUCAGUUGAAGUUAGCAAAGAAUUUAUGAUGAGCCCUAAUAAGCUUCAUUUGGAAGCUUCCCUAGACAAGGAACUUUAUCAUCACGGUGAGAACAUUGCUGUCAACGUUCACAUAGCCAACAAUUCGAAUAGAUCCGUCAAGAAAAUCAAGGUGUCAGUUAGGCAAUUCGCCGACAUAUGCUUAUUUUCAACAGCACAAUACAAAUGUACUGUGGCAGAAAUCGAGAGCGAAGUGGGGUGUCCCAUUGGACCGGGUUUCACUUUGAGCAAGGUGUUCACCCUCACCCCUCUUCUGGCCAAUAAUAAGGAUAAGUGGGGACUUGCAUUGGAUGGACAGUUAAAGCACGAGGAUACCAAUUUAGCAUCGAGCACUUUAGUUGCAGAUCCAGCUCAACGAGAAAAUUUAGGAAUCAUAGUACAGUAUAAAGUCAAAGUCAAAUUAUGUUUGGGAGCUCUUGGAGGUUUGUUUGCUUUCAGUGACUUGGUAGCCGAACUACCUUUUAUACUGAUGCAUCCUAAGCCUGAGGAGGAACCUCCUGAGUCUCCCUCGUGCCGUAGCAGUGCUGAAAUGAAUACUGAUGUUCCUGUUGAUACGAAUCUUAUUCAACUCGAUCCCGACGAGAAUACAUUGCAAGAUCACGAUGAUGACAUAAUAUUCGAGGAUUUUGCCAGGCUUCGGCUCAAAGGUGGAGAAACUGAGGCUUAAAAAAAAAAGAAAAAAGUAACACAUGGUGCCGGCUUGUUUUGGGCCUGUCCACCUGUAACCUAAAGUUGUACCGACAUUAAUUGUGUUAGUUAAGAUUAGGUGUAACCCAGAUCCCGUUGUGUGCCCUAGUCAUUGGCUGUGCUGCCAGAUAAUGAAUGCACAUGAAUUAUUUAAUGUUUAGAGCAAGCCCCCUUCCCAUUUACAUCUGAACUGGCCCACGCAUCUAUGUGUGUAAAUACCCAUUUUUGUUUAUAUCUGUACCAUACCAAGUCCACAAUUUCGAUUAUUUUCGUUGAAAUGGUCAUAUCCAUACCUCCGAUACCAAAAAAAUCCUUAUUGCAAUUGGAACGUUCUUCUCAAAUAUUGAAAUAUUACGAAAUUUAAUAUGAGGUUAUAGUUGUGUAUACAUGUAACAUGAUUUUUUUUUCUUUUUUGUGAAACUGUCGACUAUUUUAACAAAACUACUAACCGUUAAGUGUUAUAUGUAAACUUGCAGUGUUCUUCAUCAUCUCUACAGAUUGAAUUUUAAGGAUAAAAAUUCUUAUGAGUAACACUUUUCGAUUUUAUAUUUUAUAAAAAAAAAAAUGUUUCAACAAAAUAUAUUAUAGUAACUAUUUUAGUACAAAUAAUGUGUACAUUUUAUAUACAUAUACCGUCUGCCAAUAAUUUAGCACAAAAUAAAUUCAUAAGAGAUUAGAGGACAAACAUAAGAUUAAUUCGUUUUUCCAUAUACAGAGCGUGCCGGAAAAGUAACGCAACAAACCAAUAAUUCCUGUACGAAGAAUUAUUAUGCUAUGCAUUUUUUAAUUUGAUAUUUCUCACAAACUUUCUUUUCAAAUCGGAUUAUCUGGAUUGUGAUAUAUUCAAUGACCCGCCCAAAUUGUUAAUUAAUGUUUAAAAAAAAUUGGCAUAUCCAAUUUUCCUUUUAGUCACAUCGCUGAAUUAGUAUUCGAAAGGCCUUUCAUUUGAUAUGUCACAAUCCAUAUAUAUAAAGAAGUUGAGGGGGGUAGAUAGUGAGGGGGCUCUUAAAUAUCAAAUUGAAAAAUGCACAGCGUAACUUGCUUUUAAAUUUAAAUAAUUUAUUGAGCGUGAAUUUUGAGCUUAUUGCGUUACUUUAAUUGCCCCCUGUAGAAACCGUAUACAUUUUGGAACAAAAUAUUAAGCUGAGUGACCAAUUCCAAAAUGAACAAAUCGGUAAAUUAUUUAUUGAUAUUACAACCUUUCCUGUAGUUUUUCUACAAUCCAGAAUUUUUAAUACAUUUUAUAUACUGAUAGCUAUAAUAUUUACGUGUAGUAAAAAAAAAAAAAUUCCCAUGCACAACAACGGUGAAUUUUUUUUAACUGAACAGGGUUUAGACUGAAAUUCUAGCAAAAACUGUGAUUGGUAGACUUGACUCGAAGUUAGAUAGAGAGAACUUUUAGGUGGCAAAGCACGUGGAGGGUAUCAGAAUUUUUCUAUAAAUUCGAAGGAUUCAUUGUGGUAUUUGUGAUAAUUAUAUGAGAAAUAUCCAAUAUUCCAUAUCUGGGGGGGGAGGGGGGAUAGGAAUCGUUGAAAAAAUUAAAUAAUGAAGUGUUCAUCAGUGUGUGGGACGUUGUUCACUAUGUUGAUAAAUUUUAGGUCGCUCUUAUGAAUUUAUUCAUUCAGCAUUUAUUUAUUUAUAUAUUUGAGAAAUCUAUUUGUUGCAAUUUGUUUCUCGUUAGACAGUUCGUUCGGUCCAUCUUAAAGAUGAAUAUUGAAUUGAAAGCAAAUUAUAAUGAACUAUUGAAAAAAAAAAAGUAUAUGGAGAUUCCAAUUGUGGUGAAAUUUCAAUGUUCAUUUGAUAUUUUCUAAUUAAAUUAAACUAUGGCGACAA